UGGUCAUUCCCUGUACUAUGUCCGCAGUCUCUGGUCAUUCCCUGUACUGUGUCCGCAGUCUCUGGUCAUCUCCUGUACUGUGUCCGCAGUCUCUGGUCAUCCCCUGUACUGUGUCCGCAGUCUCUGGUCAUCCCCUGUACUGUGUCCGCAGUCUCUGGUCAUCCCCUGUACUGUGUCCGCAGUCUCUGGUCAUCCCCUGUACUGUGUCCGCAGUCUCUGGUCAUCCCCUGUACUGUGUCCGCAGUCUCUGGUCAUCCCCUGUACUGUGUCCGCAGUCUCUGGUCAUCUCCUGUACUGUGUGCGCAGUCUCUGGUCAUCCCCUGUACUGUGUCCGCAGUCUCUGGUCAUCCCCUGUACUGUGUCCACAGUCUCUGGUCAUCCCCUGUACUGUGUCCGCAGUCUCUGGUCAUCCCCUGUACUGUGUCCGCAGUCUCUGGUCAUCUCCUGUACUGUGUGCGCAGUCUCUGGUCAUCUCCUGUACUGUGUCCGCAGUCUCUGGUCAUCCCCUGUACUGUGUCCGCAGUCUCUGGUCAUCCCCUGUACUGUGUCCGCAGUCUCUGGUCAUCCCCUGUACUGUGUCCGCAGUCUCUGGUCAUCUCCUGUACUGUGUGCGCAGUCUCUGGUCAUCCCCUGUACUGUGUCCGCAGUCUCUGGUCAUCCCCUGUACUGUGUCCGCAGUCUCUGGUCAUCUCCUGUACUGUGUCUGCAGUCUCUGGUCAUCCCCUGUACUGUGUCCGCAGUCUCUGGUCAUCCCC